GUAAUUACCGGAAGUCUUGGGAUAUUUCUUUCACAACAAGAAUGCAGGAAACAAAAAACAUGCGUGGUAUCUUUCGGCUUCAGUGCAGUGGAUCCAAUGAGGUGACGCCGCGUUCUGGGGCCGACUACUGAGAGCAAGCCGGUAAUAAGGGGAACUAGAACUACUAAGUGUGACAACAAAGACGCUCUGGAUAAAGGUAACAGCCGGAAAACUAACUUCACAACCGGAAAAGCAGGGUAUGUUGGUAGCCUCUCACAGUCUUAUUUGUGCUGAUUGAAGACAGCUCAUCAUGAGUGGUCGGAAGCUGGUGCUGGGUGCUCUCUUCUAUCUUGUGCUGGCAAUGUUGCCUUCUCACAUAGUGACUGUGGCUGUCAUGUCAGUUGAUCUGGGCAGCGAGUGGAUGAAAAUGGCAAUAGUUAAACCUGGUGUGCCAAUGGAGAUUGUUCUAAACAAGGAGUCGAGAAGGAAGACACCCACAGUUGUAUGUCUCAAGGAGGGUGAGAGACUUUUUGGAGACAGUGCAAUGGGAGUGUCUGUGAAGAACCCCAAAAGUGUUUAUAGGCACCUCCAAAGCCUCCUGGGUAAAAAGUACAACAACCACCAGGUGGACCUCUACCAGAAAAAUUUCCCUGAACAUCAGAUACAGGAGGACCCAGUGAGAGGCACAAUCUACUUUAAAAAUUCAGAAGAAAUGCAGUACACACCAGAGGAGCUCUUUGGUAUGGUCCUCAAUUACUCUCGUGGACUGGCUCAGGACUUUGCAGAACAACCAAUCAAAGAUGCAGUGAUCACUGUACCGGCCUUUUUCAACCAGGCAGAACGCAGGGCAGUCCUGCAUGCUGCACAUAUGGCAGGUCUAAAGGUCCUUCAGCUCAUCAAUGACAACACGGCUGUGGCCUUGAACUAUGGGGUCUUCAGGAGGAAAGAUAUUGAUGGCACAGCUAAGAAUGUGCUGUUUUAUGAUAUGGGCUCUGGCAGCACUACUGCCACCAUCGUCACCUAUCAGACUGUCAAAACCAAGGAGUCUGGCACUCAGCCUCAGUUACAGAUUCGAGGUGUUGGGUUUGAUCGCGGGUUGGGGGGCUUUGAGAUGGAUCUGCGACUUCGUAACCACUUGGCCAAACUGUUCAACGAGCAGAAGAAGAGCAGGAAAGAUGUGCGGGAGAAUCACCGGGCUAUGGCCAAGCUCCUCAAAGAGGCUCAGAGGCUCAAGACUGUGCUGAGUGCAAAUGUGGACUUCAUGGCCCAGGUGGAAGGUUUGAUGGAUGACAUUGACUUCAAAGCUAAGGUGACUAGGAGUGAGUUCGAAGAGCUGUGUGCUGAUCUGUUUGAAAGAGUGCCUCGUCCAGUGCAGGAUGCCCUCACUGCUGCAGAGAUGAAGCUGGAGGAAAUUGAGCAGGUGAUUUUAGUAGGUGGCUCCACCCGUGUGCCGAAGGUUCAGGAAGUGCUGCUUAAAGCUGUGGGGAAAGAGGAACUGGGGAAGAACAUCAAUGCAGAUGAGGCAGCAGCCAUGGGUGCAGUAUACCAGGCCGCUGCCUUGAGCAAGGCCUUCAAGGUCAAACCUUUCUUGGUUCGAGAUGCAGCUGUUUUCCCCAUUCAGGUGGAGUUUACCCGGGAGAUGGAGGAGGAAGAAGGUGUCAAAACCUUGAAACACAACAAACGCAUCCUGUUCCAGAGGAUGGCACCCUACCCCCAGCGUAAGGUCAUUACAUUCAACCGUUACAAUGAUGACUUUGCUUUCGAGAUCAACUACGGCGACCUCAGCUUUCUCAGUCAGGAAGACCUCAGUGUGUUUGGCUCGCUGAACUUGACCACAGUUAAGCUGUCUGGCGUGGGCAGUAGCUUUCAGAAGCACACAGAUGCAGAGUCAAAAGGAAUCAAAGCCCACUUCAACAUGGAUGAAAGUGGAGUGCUCCUGCUUGACCGGGUGGAGUCUGUCUUUGAGACUGUUAUGGAGGAGAGAGAAGAGGAAUCAACAUUAACUAAACUGGGUAAUACCAUUUCCACCUUGUUUGGAGGAGGAUCCUCAGAACCUGCCCCAAAUGUAACUGAACCUGUCCAGGAUGAGGAGGAAGUACCUCCAGAAUCUGGAAAGGAUGGUAAGCAUGAGGACAGCAAGGAUGAGGGACAGAAAGACAAGGCUGCCAAGGAGAAGGAUGAAGAUUCAGGGAAAAAUUCAGGUGAAGAAAAAAAACAAGAGAAGACCGAAGAGGCAGGCAGCAAGACUGAGGCCAGGGAGGAAAAGAACACUGCAAACAGUGAGGCAGAGAAGGAGGCAGAGAAGAAGGCUAGACCUCAGAAAAAGAGCAAAAUCUCUGAAGACAUUACAGUGGAACUGCUCAUCAAUGACAUCCUUGACCCCACAGCUGAUGACCUGACAUCCUCUAAGAAAAAGUUGCAGGAUUUGACAGACCGAGAUCUGGCCAAACAGGAAAGGGAGAAAACACUCAACAGCUUGGAAGCGUUCAUAUUUGAGACACAGGACAAGCUGUACCAGGAGGAUUACCAAAGGGUGGUGACAGAGGAGGAGCAGGAGCAGAUCUCAGCCAAGCUGAAGGAGGUGUCGGAGUGGAUGGAUGAGGACGGGUAUGCUGCCACCACCAAACAGCUGAGAGAAAAACUAUCUCAGCUGAAAACCCUGUGCAAGGACAUGUUUUUCAGGGUGGAGGAACGGCGCAAAUGGCCAGAUCGUCUGGCUGCCCUAGAAAGCCUGCUCAAUACUUCUAGUUUUUUCUUAAAGAGUGCCAGACUGAUCCCAGAAAAUGACCAGAUCUUUACUGAUGUUGAACUAAACAUGUUAGAAAAAGUCAUCAAUGAAACAAUGAUUUGGAAGAAUGAGACAAUCGCAGAGCAGGAGAAACGCUCUCCAAAAGAGCGACCAGUCCUGCUGUCCAAAGACAUUGAGUCCAAAUUGGCUCUGCUUGAUCGAGAGGUCAACUACUUGCUUAAUAAGGCCAAGUUUGCCAAGCCUAAAGCCAAAGCCAAGAACAGUACAAGCACAGAUAAAAGCAGCAAGACUAACAGCACAGCUGAGGAAAAAGCCAUCCCGCCCAUAGAGGAGAGCACAGAAACCAAGAGCGAUACAGGAAGUCCAGAGGAGAUGCCCCCUGGCGACACCCCACCCACUGAGGAGGGUACCCUACUUGCAGAUUCAGACAGUCAAUCACAACCCACAGAAGAAUCAACAACUACAGAAACACUGGAGAGAGCCCAGCCUGAAAACCACAUAGAGGAUGAAUUAUAACAGCUGGAACUGUGAAUGAAAAAUAACCAUAUAUUUAUUGACAGUGUCUAAAUGUUCAACUUCUUUCUCAGUCUUUUUUUUUUCUCCCUCUUGUGUUUGUUCUUUUGUCUCAUUGGCCUGUUUAUUUACUGCUGGACACUGAGUGGACAGGAACUUGAGCUCUUGUCCAUUCCCUGUCUUGUGGGUUUCAUCAUGGAUUCGGUAAGCAAUGGAGACCACAGAGAAGCAGUUUAACAUGAUUCAAGCCCCAGACUGCAUCCUUCCAGACAAAUGCUUUCCAUAUUCAACACCAUAAUCUCAUAUCUGCUGAUUCAGAGGGAGCUAAUUGACCUGAUUAAAAUAUCUUAACAAUAUUUGACAAAGUUGAGUGCUUUCCUCCUCUGAUUUGUCAUGUUAUUCCCUGUUCUGUUCAGUGCACUGUCCCCCCAGCCAUGGCGUGUUACUGUGACGUUAGUAUACAUACAAACUUAGUGCACUUCUUCAUGGUCUUGGUUGGAGUACAUGCCUUUAGAGGACUACCCAUUUUUGAUUUUGCACCAAUUCUUAAUUCCUUUGGUCCUGCAGAUUCCUGCCAAAAAUGGAAAGUGUCAUCAAGCGUAUCUAUUAACUACAUAAACGAAAAAACAUUUGCUAAUUUAUUCAAACUUAGCAUUAACUGUAAAAUUUCCCUCAUAACUAUUGACGAAAAAUGUAAAAACGUAGGCCAUGGUAUGCAAAUUAGAGCUACAACCAGUAUCACAUAACCAGAAAUGCUGUACAUCCAGUAUAAUCUUCAGAAGGUGGGACUCUGCCUUUCAGUAAGAAGUGUCUUAAUUUCUGUUUUUUUUUUCAUUCUGGUACUUGAUGGACAUUUAAUUUGUUUAAUAAAUGUUCUAACAUUAGCAGACCCCUGAAGCUCAUCCAUCACCUGCAUGUUUUUUUUCCAGUUUUUUUCCCUCAUAGGCUAAAUAUUAAAAAGGUAAAAAAGACAUUCACAAGGUAGGGUCCAUUAUGCGGCGUUUAGUUUACUCAGAUUCCCCCAACUGUGUGGACAGAACAUAAUGAAAACCGUUCCCAAAUGGUGAUAAUUUAACAAUACUUUGUUCACAUAUCUGCCUCUUGCUGUUCUGACCUGGCUGGAUUAGCAAUGAGUUUUUCUACUGAUGCCAAUAAAGCUUUUGAGAAGUGCUUGAAUGUCAUUUGGUGAUGCCAGUUGGACUGAAUGCUUUUAGAGUCUUUUCUUAAGCUGUGAGUAGAGGUGUUUAGUGUUGUUUACUAUGACAUGGCUUUGUGGUGCAGAUUAUUAAAUGUUUGCUCCACUUUUUCUGUUAGAACAUGGGGGUGAGGGUAAGGGGAUUGGGUAUACUGUGUGUUUCUCUAUAUUCUAAAUAUUGCAAACAAAGAAACCAGGGUGGGAUGAAGACGGCAGUUUGGACUGGGAGAUGCAAACAAUGUAUUUCUAAACUGUUAAUAAAAAGUAUUUUGUUUUUAA